AUGGCUGGUGAUAACGAAAUCAACCUCAAUGAAUCCAAGAGGGUGGUUUUUCUUGAACACCUGGGUACUAAUCUCCAACUUCAAGCUAGCUUACAACCUCCUCCACCGCCGCGACGAUGGCUCAUACAACCACGAGUUCUCCGAGAUCGGAAGGGAAGGAAGUGGAGAGGAAAUUGGCGGAGGAGAACCCCAAUCCCAAAAUCCGACAUAACCCCAGUCCCUCGUCCCGAUUUCCACCUCCGGAAAGAACUCUAG